GGUGCUGCUUCCCGAUCCACGCCAUCAGCCAAUCCGGCAUCUCGUCGUAGAACUUCCUUUCAAGGCCACAAAGACAAGCUUUCCUAUAAAGAGCGGGUCAAAUUUCGCAUACAAGCAUGCCACUCACCAACUUCGGCUACGACGACGACGGUGCACUUAUGAAUCUCCCUUCGACCGCAAACGAUGCCGGGUUUGGGCCUCCGACGCAGUUCGCCACCCCCGGCUUGCAAGACCCCAGCGCGCGGGCGCAUCUGCAAGAGUAUCUCCACUACCUCAUCGGUUACCUCUGCAUGUACGCAGAGGACUACCGAAUCGCCAUGCGCGCGGCCCGCGAGUACGGGACACAGUUGGGAGAAGACGUGGUGGUCGGGAACAUGUUCGCACUUAUGCAAGACAGCCCACAAGCCGCACUGAGGCGCGAAUUCAAGAGUACGAUCCUUCCCGACCUUCUGGCUCUCCUCCGGUCAUUUGGACCCCUUGCUCCGACUGUCACUAGAAUGGACGGUAUCAUCAGCGCAUGGAUGAAGGAGGAAUGGAGAACGAGGGAGCCGGCCGUGGUCACCCAGGCGGCCUGGACGAGCGCACAAACGUUGUUGACAACCGAUAUCUGUCGUCUGGUUUCCCUCGUCCCUAACGUUGAGCACGUCUUUGGAGAGCAGGUUCCAGCGCUACGCCACUUGCGGGGGCUUUGGAAAGCUUCCGAAGCUGAUAUGCAUGGCAUCGGCUUCACGCUUUGGCUGGACGACCUCCUGUCGAGUUCGUGCACGGCACUGCCGACCGACAAAGAGGAAGUUGACGGGCCUGGGUACGCUUGAGUGACUGGAGGAGGAUAGGUUUGCUCCGUCUGGGCUUUGACUGAGGACAGUAUGGCUACAAUGGGGGGCUUCAUAAUUGCAAUGUCAGCAGAAGUAUUUCCUGCAAGCGGCAGGGAGAGUCAAUCCUGGAACUAUGUAGCGGAUGAUGGUGG